AUGCUAUCCCAAUCAAAAUUUCCAUAUAUUUCGUUUCCAAAAGAUUUGAAGCAAACGCCGCUGACCGUGGCCAAGUCAGUUGAAGAUGUUCCUGCAAUAAUUCGAAAAUUGUUGCAAGAAAAGUUUAUUUCCUUUGAUUUGGAAUUUGCUAAUCAUUUGUCACAUAUUACAUGUAUGCAAUUUUCGACUCCAAAUGAAGAUAUUAUUAUUCAUGCAACAGUUCCAAAUAUUCGACAAAAUAUUAAAUUAUUAAAUGAAAUAUUUAAUAAUGAUACUAUUGUUAAAGUAAGCGGUUUUUCACAGGAAUCACAGGAGUGUGAUUUCACAUAAAAUCUUUUGGAAAACCUGAAAACCAUCGUAGUUCUUAGCAGAAUACCUGAAACUUCUAGAAAGUUUACCGUUUAAGGCAACUAUCUUUGGUUUCUAUUGCCUUGGCAAUCUAUGUCGUGACACAAUUUUCAAAUUUCUUCAUUGAUCAGAAAACUUUUCCGUUCGGAAACUUUGAAAGACUGUUUGAAGUUUUUCAAUGACCUUCCUGCGUUUACGAAACGAAAGUCUAUUUCAACCGUCAAGCUUUGACAGGUCCUAGAUAAUUAAUUUAUCUGUCAAACCGUAAUAUAUUUUUUGGUCGACGAUAAAAUGGAACAGACUGCCCACAGCUUCGCACAGUGGAGUAAACAAAGAAUAGGAACGACCUAGAGAUAACGACAACAUUCAACGUAAAGAGAUGGUCGCGACUGUUUUUUAUUAGUGGCCUUUCAUAGAAGAUGACUAGAGAGGUGUUUUUUUGUUUUUUUUAACCGGGGGCUGUUGCAUCGUUCUAUACAAAAAUGAAUAGAAAGAUAUUAAUUACUAUACUGAAAUUUUCAAGACUUGUUUGCAGAAAAAUGUCUGUUUUGAGAAAACCUAGUGAACAUAGGUACUGGACAAAAUUAGUGCCUUUAGCAUGAGUGUAAGAAAGGAAAAACUCAUAUCUCUCUCAAAAUGCAACCAAACCACUUGAAACUUGCGAAACACGAUCGAAAGAGUAGGCCGAAUAUUUAGAUGUCGAAAAAACUCUAAAUUAAUUCUUUUUAAAUUUAAACAGUGUGUGACCAUC